AUGACAACAAAAAGUGGGAAGAUAAUUACUCCUCUGACACCCAUUCAGAAUGAAGAGCCCAAGCAGUCACAAAAGGAGGCUAUAGAAAAACCGAGCCAAAAUCAAAAUCGGCAUGACACAGAAGCUACUCGACGAGUCCAGAAUAUGGACUCGACGAGUCCAGUAACCAUUCCAAAAAAUCAGAUUCCUGAAAAGCCCUUUCAUCCUCCAAUGCCAUAUCCAUCCCGAGCUAAGCAAGAAAAGACGGAAGAAGACUACCAGAAGUUCCUAGAUCAUAUAAAAGCUCUUCAAAUCAACAUACCAUUCAUAGAAGCGGUUGCCCAAAUGCCAAAAUACGCCAAGUUUCUCAAAGAGCUUCUAACUAAUAGAAGGAAGAUGGAGGAAGUCAAGGAAGUAGUUCUUAAUGAGAAUUGCUCAGCUGCCAUGUUAAACAAGCUACCGAAGAAGAAGGGUGACCCGGGAAGCUUAACUUUGCCUUGCCAAUUUGGGAAUUUAGCCACCAUUCAUGCUUUGGCUGAUUCAGGAGCAAGUGUGAAUCUCAUGCCUUAUUCAUUUUUCAAGAAAUUGGAUCUCCCGGAACCAAGGCCAAUUUGA